GCCACCGCUGCCGCCGCCGCCGCCGCCGCCGCCGCCUGCCCUCCGCCCGCGGGCGUCUGCGCGAGCCCGGCCGGCGGGGGAGAUGUUCUCGGGCUCCGCUGGAUCGGUUUCUCGGGGUUUGACCAGCUGUCCCGGGCUAACCCUGCUCCUCGCUGAAGAUGGAGGAAGUAAAAACAGGAUUACCCUUAGCUACAGAUCCACUGCCUUAGUUUCCACCACCAACUGCAGUGCACAAACACACGUUAGGCACAGGAAAGAAAGAAAGAGAGAGGACACACUAACAGUAAACACAAACAAAAGGGUGAUGGGAUUAUUUUACUGCACGCACUGCUGAGUCCGACAUUGUCACCUCCUCUUUGAGGGGUUAGAAGAAGCUGGGAUCUCACGACAGAGCUGGAAAUGGUGAUGGAUCUUUUUUAAUCAAAGGACAGUUUCUUUUCACUGCACUUUGACUAUGGAAACAGAGACUAUUGAUGGCUACAUAACAUGUGACAAUGAGCUUUCACCUGAAGGGGAGCACUCCAAUAUGGCAAUCGACCUCACAUCAAGCACACCCAAUGGACAGCAUGCCUCACCAAGUCACAUGACAAGCACAAAUUCCGUAAAGCUAGAAAUGCAGAGUGAUGAAGAGUGUGACAGGAAGCCCCUGAGCCACGAAGAUGAGAUCAGGGGCCAUGAUGAGGGGAGCAGCCUAGAAGACCCCCUAAUUGAGAGCAGCGAGGUGGCUGACAACAGGAAAGUCCAGGAGCUUCAAGGCGAGGGAGGAAUCCGGCUUCCGAAUGGUAAACUGAAAUGUGACGUCUGUGGCAUGGUUUGCAUUGGGCCCAAUGUGCUUAUGGUACAUAAAAGGAGUCACACUGGUGAGCGCCCCUUCCACUGUAACCAGUGUGGAGCUUCCUUUACUCAGAAGGGCAACCUUCUGAGACACAUAAAGUUACACUCUGGAGAGAAGCCGUUCAAAUGUCCUUUCUGUAGCUAUGCUUGUAGAAGAAGGGACGCCCUCACAGGACACCUCAGGACCCACUCUGUGGGUAAACCUCACAAGUGCAACUACUGUGGACGAAGCUACAAGCAGCGCAGUUCACUGGAGGAGCACAAGGAACGCUGCCACAACUAUCUCCAGAAUGUCAACAUGGAGGCUGCGGGGCAGGUCAUGAGUCACCAUGUACCUCCUAUUGAAGAUUGUAAGGAACAAGAGCCUAUUAUGGACAACAAUAUUUCUCUGGUGCCUUUUGAGAGACCUGCUGUCAUAGAGAAGCUCACGGCAAAUAUGGGGAAACGUAAAAGCUCCACUCCACAAAAGUUUGUGGGGGAAAAGCUCAUGCGAUUCAGCUACCCAGAUAUUCAUUUUGAUAUGAACUUGACGUACGAGAAGGAGGCUGAGCUGAUGCAGUCUCAUAUGAUGGACCAAGCCAUCAACAAUGCAAUCACCUACCUUGGAGCUGAGGCCCUUCACCCUCUGAUGCAGCACCCGCCAAGCACAAUUGCUGAGGUGGCCCCAGUCAUAAGCUCAGCUUAUUCUCAGGUCUAUCAUCCAAAUAGGAUAGAAAGACCCAUUAGCAGGGAAACCUCUGAUAGUCAUGAAAACAACAUGGAUGGCCCUAUCUCUCUCAUCAGACCAAAGAGUCGACCCCAGGAAAGAGAGGCCUCUCCCAGCAAUAGCUGCCUCGAUUCUACUGACUCAGAAAGCAGCCAUGAUGACCACCAGUCCUACCAAGGAAACCCUGCCUUAAAUCCCAAGAGGAAACAAAGCCCAGCUUACAUGAAGGAGGAUGUCAAGGCUUUGGAUGCCACCAAAGCCCCCAAGGGCUCUCUGAAGGACAUCUACAAGGUUUUCAAUGGAGAAGGAGAACAGAUAAGGGCCUUCAAGUGUGAGCACUGCCGAGUCCUUUUCCUAGACCAUGUCAUGUACACCAUUCACAUGGGUUGCCAUGGCUACCGGGACCCACUGGAAUGCAACAUCUGUGGCUACAGAAGCCAGGACCGUUAUGAGUUUUCAUCACACAUUGUUCGAGGGGAGCACACAUUCCACUAGGCCUUUUCAUUCCAAAGGGGACCCCUAUGAAGUAAAGAACUGCACAUGAAGAAAUACUGCACUUACAGUCCCACCUUCCCUCAUGUUUUUAAUACUGUUACUGUCUCUAAUUCUUAUUUUGUGGACACAGUGUCAUUUGCUCUGCCUAAUUAUAAUAAGGAAGAAAUGAGAGAUGGGAGGGGGAUGUUCACCGAUAACUCGGCUUGUUUAUUUUGUGGGAGUUUAAAGCAGUUCAGUUCUGCCUUCCACAUUAAGGCUUAUGUCGUGGUUUGGAAAAAAUCACAUGAUUCAUAUAGAUUCACCUAAGAUAUUUGGAGUUUCCACUGAUAUCCAGGGUUGUUAUUGAAGGCAGGAAAGUUGAGAGUUUUCUGGGUAGGACUGUGGCAAUUUAAAAUGGUCUAAGUAAUUUUAUUCUCAAAGAAGAUGUUUCCCAAAAUGUAAACCGGUUUUCUUGUUCUUAGAGAUCAUGGAACACAAACAUAUUGUUACUUUGAAUAACUCCUAGGAAAAGUUGAGUUGUGGGUUCUAUGUUUACCUCCCCUAUGGAAUUUAUAAUUCAGUAUGUUUUACACUAUACCAUAUAGCAAAACUUUUAAACUACAGGUAGGUAAGGGCCACUAUGAUACAUCUGAGGUCCUUUGAUCUUAUUUUUCUAAACUUAAGCACUGUUUUUCCAUAGUCUUGAUGACUGGCAUUUUAUAGACACCCAGGCAGCCUUACUUUUAACACCUGUAACAAAUAGUAUUUUUAUGUAGUUUUCAGAAUAACAUAUGGUCUAAGAGUGGGUAAAAAGCAGUCAGUAACUUCCAAGAGGGAAUUCUACUUUUCACAAAUUUAAUAUUUUUUUUAAGUUGUAAUGUGAUGGCAGCCUAGUAUACAUAUUCAUUCAAAAAGUGUGUUUACUAUUGUCACUUUAUCAACAUUUAAUCAGUGUUAACCAGUCAGCAGAAAAAUGUAAUGAGGCUAACAGUAGGGGAAAUCCCACUCUGAGAACCCUUUUCUGGUAUUUCUCUUCAAGCGUGACCAUUCAGUGUUCUGUCCAUUGUCCAUUCUUCUUUUACUCUUGGAGUAGAAGGUCUGGAAAAGUCUUGCUAUAGGCUGCCUCUUUCACAAUCUCCUCGGAGCAACUGCUAAUUGGACAUAAAUGCGGUCGCUUAAACCCUGUAAGAUUAUUGAACUAGGGCUAUUUAUUCUAGUGUUUCUUCAGUAAUAAUAUUUACUGCUUUUGCUGCAGACAGAAGGGAACGUCUUUGUAGCCUGUACAUCGCACUGCAGGUCAAACAAAGGAACAACGAAGUUUCCUUUCUCCCUUCUUAGAGUUGAGAAUGUGAGCCCUCAGGUGAAGGCCCUGCACUUUCUAAAAAGCCUUCAAUCUGUACGUCCUUGUCAGAAAUGAAUCUCAACCUCUUAAUACAGAAAUCCCAUCUUCUUUUCAUUCACAUAUGGCCUGUCCUCUCUGUUUCGUGUGCAGAUCUUAAGUUCACAUCUGUAAGGGCUUUGCUUUUCUCUUUGAGUCCAACAUGCCUUUGGGGUCAGGAUUCGAGCACUAAGUCAUUUAGGUAGACACUUUGGGGAGGCAUAACUUGAUGCUUAUGUUUAGGAAGCAGACCUGACUAGGACUAGAUUAUUUGAUAACCAUUUGUGAAUACUGAGUCUGCUAAGCAGUACAGAUAACUGCUCUAAAAGAUCAUUAAAUAGGAUGCUGAAACUGCUUAACUACCAUGUGGUGUGAGGAGGGGCAAGACUCGAGAAAUAGGCAGGUGAGCAAUACUGCUGUUAACUCAUUCUCCAGGUUUCCCUCUGCUCAUUUAAGCAACUUCCAGGCGCUGACAUAGAGCUAGGCAAAAAUGGCUUUAAGUUGGCUCUUUUUCGAAUCCCUGUCUUACUCAUUUCUGAAGAAAUGUUCAAAUGGUUCCUUUAAAAUAAGAGAAUAUACCAAAACAGACAGAUAGAAUGCCAACUAGUAUUUUUCUUUUAAAUUUCAUUCCUUGGUACAUUGUAAACAGUUUUUUUUAAGGAUGAAGUAAACUUGCAAGAAAUUUUUAAUCCUCAUUUACCCUAAGCACUCUCAAGUAAUAAUGGAAAUUGGGAUUUCCUUUUUAAUUUUGAAAGCUAAAUAAUUUUUAGGCUUAUGGUCUUGAAAUUUAAGAAAGCAUUUGGAUGCCUGUCAGUGUGUUCACAAUUUUGGCCCUGCAUGAAUUUCUGCUGGCGUCCUCUGUGAAUUUUCUACCUUCCAGCCCUUCAUCCCUAGUGUAUUAAGAAUCAUGUAUCUUCCUGCCCUGGGAUGUAACUGAAUUUAGGGCUACCUGAAGAGUUGUUUAGUCCCCCUAUGGAGAUGGUACCAGUGCACUCUACUUUCAUGAUUCCGUCUUAUUGGGAAACCUAAUUUGUUCAAGGAGUUACCUGUGAGGGUAUAUUUGUUGUAAACAUAUACUAGUAUUUUCUUAGCUGCAUGACACAGUGGACAGAAAGAAGAGGCAGUGGUUCUGGUGUGGCAGGGACAAAUAAGGACAAGGGUGAUUCAGAUUUGUAGGUGACAGAGAAUGUUAUGGACAUAGUGCUUUCUGUGGACCUCUGGGCGGCUGUAUUUGCUCCAUCUCACCAGAGGAAAUGGCAGCAACUAAAAUAAGCAUGAGGGUCAGAUACGAAAUAAAUCAAAUUUUACAUAACAGUUGCAAGCCCAGUUUAUUUAGGUGAGAUUUCACAGUGCAAAAUGUAUUUGAGGGGCAUGAAAAUGGGUUAUCCUCUGUGUUUUCCAGUUUGGCAGAAAUCCAGAAAUUCAUCAGAUUGCUUUGUCCUAAUUUUGCCCAGAAUUUUUAUCUCCAGCUCCUUCUGGAGAGUAGGCUGCCUCUCUGUAAUAGAGAUGAGUCGCUGUUACAAAGACUUUUAAACCAGUGGGCGUGGCCUGCAGGAAGACUGGAGGGAGGAGGCCUGAAACACCAGAGGGUCAAAAAUGGCUAAAAGAAAACUUACAAUUCAGCUUUAGAAAGAAUUAGGUCCUAUCUGCUGACAUACAUGCAGGUGAUUGUGUGAAUAAGUUAUAGUUUGCAUGCACAUGUGUAAAAACAUCUUCUGAGGAAAAUUCAUAGGAAGGGGCACUAGUGUUUUCAGACAUGUGACAAAAGCAUAGAGUUAAUACUUGAGAGUUAGGUUUACUUUACCAGAUUGUAUUAAGAAAUCCUAACAUUAUGAGUGUGUCUUUAGGGCUGAUGGCAACUUAAAGUCUUCAUUAUUUACAUCCAGAAAA